GUCACGCGCUUCAAUUUCGACCAUCAAAAUUCUCGUUUCUCAUCUUCGUAAAGGCAGAGUUAGGGUUGUUGACAUUUGGAAGCUUAGAGAGGCGGCCAGGAGCGAGCGAUCGACAAUAAUGGGUCAUUCAAAUGUCUGGAACUCUCAUCCUAAAAACUACGGUCCAGGCUCUCGCACUUGCCGGGUGUGUGGAAACCCUCAUGGAUUGAUCAGGAAAUAUGGCCUGAUGUGCUGCAGGCAGUGCUUCCGAAGCAAUGCCAAGGAAAUUGGAUUCAUCAAGUAUCGCUGAAUGUUCGAUGCAUGUGUUGCACAUGGCUUUGCCUAAAGUAUGAUGCGCAACUUUUCCUGUUAUUCCCAUCAGUUAUGUAUUGCUGGAUUAAGAAGUUAUGAUUACAGUUUUAGUUGUUUAACAUUUGAACAAAACACAAGGUAACUUUGUUCUUUGGAUUUGAGCAAGAAUUUCUUCGGAUUAUUGCUUUUGAUGUAGUCUUUGUUUUCUUAAAGCAACUAGUUUUCUGCUCCUUCUAAGUAAAAUGGAUGCUUAUAAAGAAAGCCAUUUGGAUGUGA